AUGGUGGUGUUUACUUCUCACAAGAGUACAAGUUUCUUCUUUGUUUUUCUAUGUGUUGCAGCUCUUGGUUCGGUUUUUUUGGUGUGGCAGAAGAAUGUGAUUAAUGGGUUUUUGGUUUUGGGUGGAGAAAGGGUUUGGGAGUCACCGAAGCUGAGGCCUGUGGUUUUUAAUUUGACUGAUUUUGGUGGGGUUGGAGAUGGGGUUACUCUUAAUACUCAAGCUUUUGAAAGAGCUGUUUCUGUUGUAUCUAAGUUUGGGGAUAAGGGUGGUGCUCAGUUGAAUGUGCCACCUGGUUUUUGGCUUACUGCACCGUUUAAUCUCACUAGUCAUAUGACUCUUUUUCUAGCUCAGGGUGCUGUCAUUCUUGGAAUUCAGGAUGAAAAGUAUUGGCCAUUGAUGCCGGCGUUACCUUCAUAUGGAUAUGGUAGGGAGCAUCCUGGGCCGCGGUAUAGCAGUUUGAUUCAUGGGCAACAUCUUAAAGAUGUCGUGAUAACAGGGCAUAAUGGUACCAUAGACGGACAAGGACAGACAUGGUGGACAAAACAUCUCCAUAAGCUUCUCAACCACACAAGGGGGCCACUUGUUCAGAUCAUGUGGUCUAGCGACAUUGUAAUCUCAAACAUUACUCUGCGUGACUCUCCUUUUUGGACUCUUCAUCCAUAUGACUGCAAGAACGUUACAAUAAAAAAUGUUACGAUAUUGGCUCCCGUAUAUCAUGCUCCGAAUACUGAUGGCAUUGAUCCAGAUUCUUGCGAGGAUAUGUUGAUAGAGGAUUGUUACAUAAGUGUGGGGGAUGAUGCAAUUGCAAUAAAAAGUGGCUGGGAUCAAUAUGGAAUUGCUUAUGGAAAGCCUUCUAAGAACAUAAUAAUCCGAAACCUCGUUGUUCGGUCUAAUGUCAGUGCUGGCAUCUCCAUAGGAAGCGAGAUGUCUGGCGGAGUAUCCAACGUCACCAUCGAAAACAUUCUUGUAUGGGAAUCUCGGCGUGCCAUCAGGAUCAAAACCGCACCUGGAAGAGGCGGAUACGUUCGCCAAAUAACUUACCGGAAUCUAACUUUCCAUAACGUCCGUGUUGGAAUUGUUAUCAAGACCAAUUACAAUGAACACCCUGACUCCGGAUACGACUCUUCCGCACUUCCAAUUCUCAGAGACAUAAGUUUCACCUCUGUCCGUGGCGAGGGAGUUCGCGUCCCAGUACAAAUUCAAGGUAGCAAAGAGAUUCCAGUUAGAAACGUGACUUUCCAAGAUAUGAAUGUUGGGAUAACAUACAAAAAGAAACAUAUCUUUCAGUGCGCGUUUGUGGAAGGUCAGGUAAUAGGGACCAUUUUUCCGAAACCGUGUCGGAACUUCGAUCAGUUCAACGAGCAAGGCGAGUUGGUUAAGCCUGCCGUGUCGAUGAAUGUAACAGAUAUAGAUUAUGAAAUCUGA